AUGGGUCGUCGUCGCCAGGUAGCCCUCGCCAAGAGUAUACAAUUCGCGCUCUUUAGAGAUCCCAAGACCUUUCGCAAGACCUUGAUUGGACGGAUCAUUGCUUUCUUCAGCGUAUUCUCCCUGAAGCUUCUUCGAUAUGAGCCAGAUGUGUUCCGAAGGCUGCGGAAUGAGAUCUGGGAGAUCUCGGAGGAGCAAUAUAGAGCCAGCUUCUUGAGUGAAGACAAGGCGCUUCCUCUACUUCCGAUGGGAGACCUGGGCUUUUCUGGAUCCACAUUCUUCAGCACGUCUAACUCCACAUUCCUCGUCAAGAGCCUCCCCCGGCACUUCGAACAUUCCUUCUUCCGUCAUGAUCUCUUCCAGCCAUACUAUGAAUACAUAAGCACUCAUCCAGACUCCAUCCUUGUCUGGAUUACGGAUUAUAUCUAUGCGGCGUACACAUCACUGGGAACCCUCAUGAAAACAACCCCAGCGCACCAUAUCAUCAUGGAGAACAUACUAUGCGGAAAGGAGAAGGACCCAGCCGCCGAGAAAUGGGAGACCUACGACCUGAAACCGAUUGACUAUUUCUUCCCCGAGCGGGAUCUAGUUCCCGGUCCACUCGUCAGCCAAGAAACCUUAAGUCGACUGGCGGACGAGUUUCCAGAUAAGAUCCGGCUGACUCAAUCGGACUACGACGAUAUGAAGCGGAUGAUAGAGGCCGACACGGCAUUUCUUGCGUCGGCCAACGCGGUGGACUACUCCCUGUUCCUGGUUCGCUUCCCGGCCUCUUCCAAUCCCGACGUGAUCGGGAAGCGGAGUAAGUGGCGUAUUGGGUUAGCGUCCACGGAUGGGAAGUGGAAGUAUCGUGCGGUGCUGUUGGAUUUCUUCUGGGCCAAGCAUAAGUUGCAUGCGCAGGCGAUGACGGGAGUCAUCCAGACGUUCAAUGUUAUUGGCCGUCAAGGUCCGAUGACGAUUACCACGACGGCUGAUGAGUAUCGGGAGAAGUUCCUGGCCUUGGUGGAUUCCAUCAUGGAGGUUUAUGAACCUUAA